AUGGGAUCACAUUUAGGAAUCGCAUUACAAGCUGGCGUAGCUGCUCGCUCUCAUCGGAGACAUGAUACGGAUUACGUGCAGCACACUGAAUGGCUCGACGGCCACGAUCAUACGAGUUCGCAACAUCCACCCGACACUACACCUCGACGGAAAGAUUCAUGCCAUAGUGGACAGUCCGAUCGCUCGAAUAGAUCAUCAGUCAUCGACACCCUCCCAAAAGGUCGAGGCGAAGCACUCCUCCACAUCGCAAGCCGACACAAUCGCAAAGACAUGGUCCUUCGAGAAAUCCGCAAUGGAGCCGACGUAAAUGUCCAAACCACCAACCUCGACACCCCCUUGCACAUUGCAUGUCGACGAGGACAUGUGGAGAUUACGCAGACAUUAUUGGCGAAUGGUGCUGAGUUGGAAGUGCGGAAUUUAAAUGGUGAGACGCCUUUGGAGGUUGCUAAGUCCAAAUCACAUCUUCAUACUGUGCGACUUUUGGUUUUGCAGGGGACGUUUGUGGGACGGGGGACGAGGCAGGCUAUUGCUGAUGGUAUUCGGCUCUUGUCUUGA